AUGACCGGCAUGACUGGCAUGACAGGCAUGACCGGCAUGACAGGCAUGACAGGCAUGACAGGCCUGACCGGCAUGACAGGCCUGACCGGCAUGACAGGCCUGACCGGCAUGACAGGCAUGACAGGCAUGACAGGCAUGACAGGCCUGACCGGCAUGACAGGCCUGACCGGCAUGACAGGCCUGACCGGCAUGACAGGCAUGACAGGCCUGAACGGCAUGACAGGCCUGACCGGCAUGACAGGCAUGACAGGCACGACAGGCAUGACAGGCAUGACAGGCAUGACAGGCAUGACAGGUAUGACAGGCAUGACAGGCAUGACUGGCAUGACAGGCAUGACUGGCAUGACAGGCAUGACCGGCAUGACAGGCAUGACAGGCAUGACCGGCAUGACAGGCAUGACAGGCAUGACUGGCAUGACAGGCAUGACAGGCAUGACUGGCAUGACAGGCAUGACUGGCAUGACUGGCAUGGCAGGCAUGACAGGCAUGACUGGCAUGACAGGCAUGACAGGCAUGACAGGUAUGACAGGCAUGACAGGCAUGUCUGGCAUGACCGGCAUGAUAGGCAUGACCGGCAUGACUGGCAUGACAGGCAUGACAGGCAUGACUGGCAUGACAGAUAUGACAGGCAUGACCGGCAUGACAGGUAUGACAGGCAUGACCGGCAUGACUGGCAUGACCGGCAUGACAGGCAUGACAGACAUGACCGGCAUGACAGGCAUGACAGGCAUGACAGGCAUGACCGGCAUGACAGGCAUGACAGGCAUGACAGACAUGACAGACAUGACAGGCAUGACCGGCAUGACAGGCAUGACAGGCAUGACAGGUAUGACUGGCAUGACAGGCAUGACAGGUAUGACUGGCAUGACAGGCAUGACCGGCAUGACAUGCAUGACAGGCAUGACUGGCAUGACAGGCAUGACAGGCAUGACAGGUAUGACUGGCAUGACAGGCGUGACAAGCAUGACAAGCAUGACUGGCAUGACAAGCAUGACAGGCAUGACAGGCAUGAUAGGCAUGACAGGCAUGACAGGCAUGACAGGCAUGACCGGCAUGACUGGCAUGACAGGCAUGACUGGCAUGACAAGUAUGACAGGCAUGACCGGCAUGACAGGUAUGACCGGCAUGACAGGCAUGCCAGGCAUAACAGGCAUAACCAGCAUGACAGGCAUGACAGGCAUGACCGGCAUGACCGGCAUGACAGGUAUGACAGGCAUGACAGGCAUGACAGGUAUGACUUGCAUGACAGGCAUGACCGGCAUGACAGGCAUGACCGGCAUGACAGGCAUGACAGGCAUGACAGGCAUGACCGGCAUGACCGGCAUAACAGGCAUGACCGGCAUGACAGGCAUGACAGGCAUGACCGGCAUGACAGGUAUGACAGGCAUGACAGGCAUGACAGGCAUGACAGGUAUGACUGGCAUGACCGGCAUGACAGGUAUGACAGGCAUGACAGGCAUGACCGGCAUGACCGGCAUGACCGGCAUGACAGGCAUGACAGGCAUGACAAGCAUGACAGGCAUGACAGGCAUAACAGGCAUGACAGGCAUGACUGGCAUGACCGGCAUGACAGACAUGACAGACAUGACAGACAUGACAGGCAUGACAGGCAUGACCGGCAUGACAGGCAUGACAGGCAUGACAGGCAUGACAAGCAUGACAGGCAUGACAAGCAUGACAGACAUGACAGGCAUGACAGGCAUGACAGGUAUGACUGGCAUGAUAAGCAUGACAGGCAUGACAAGCAUGACAGGUAUGACAGGCAUGACAGACAUGACCGACAUGACAGGCAUGACAGGUGUGGGAACCGACCUGUGA